GCCGCCGCGCUCCCACCGCCCGCGGUCCCUUCUGGGCCGGCCGCCCCACGGACCCCGUUCCCCAGGCCGAGCUGUGCCGUGCGGGGACAAACCCCGCUGUCCAACACAGACGUGGUGGCAAAUCGCCCGGCACCGUGCUCAGGGUGCAUCUCUGCUUAGGGCUCCACGGGGUGCUGCGCACAGGGCAGAGCCGUGGCUCCGUGCCGUGGGACAGCCGCAGCCCCCAGGCACUGCCCUCCACGUUGCCCCUCGCAUCUGGAGCUGCUUUUUGGCACAGACACCCACGUUCCCUGGUGCUGGCAGGCGCGGGGUGCACACAUGGUUAACGCCGUCCGCCUGCGCUGGGCCCACAUCUGGCAGUGGGAGGGCUGCGCCGUGCUCGUCCCGCUGCUUCGCUCUCCUCCUCUGCCUUCCAGAAGUGCGUUUCCGUCCGGCCAUAGGAGGAGAGGAGGCUGUCACAGGGGCAGGCUCUGCCCCACACCGAGGGGUCUGGCAGCGCGGCACCACGCAAUGCCCCAGAGCAGCAAAGGCGGCAAGGGGAGAGAGCGGCCCUGCCCCAGAGCCCAACCCUGCUGAAGCGCCCUGAUCUCCACCUGCCCCCUGCCCACUCUGGAUACUGCUGGGCUUUGCCAUUCCUCUCAGUCACUCUGGUGUCUCACAGGGUGCUGCUGCAGCAUGGAGGGGCUUUGGACACUCAGAGUCCUGCUGCUCUCCUGCCUGCUGCUGCCCAACCCUGUGAGCAGCCAGACCAGCUCCAACCCUGACCAGCAUCCAGCGGAUCCCGAGGAGGUUCCGUCCAAGCACCAUGCAGUCAGGGCCGCGCAGGAGCAGAAGGACAGCGGUGCCCAGGAGGGGCUGCCCCCACGGCCCCACUGCGUCCGCUGCUGCGAGCCGCCCGAACACCGCUUCUCCUACCCCCAGUACCAGCCCCAGAUCAACAUGACCAUCUUGAAAGGUGAGAAGGGGGAACGCGGUGAGCGGGGCAUGCAGGGGAAGUUCGGCAAGACAGGGGUGGCCGGCAGCAGGGGCCACACGGGGCCCAAAGGACAGAAGGGCAGCGCGGGUGCCCCGGGGGAGCGCUGCAAGAGCCACUACGCUGCCUUCUCGGUGGGCCGCAAGAAACCCCUGCACAGCAACGACUACUACCAAACCCUCAUCUUCGACACGGAGUUUGUCAACCUCUACGACCACUUCAACAUGUUCACGGGGAAGUUCUACUGCUACGUCCCUGGGAUCUACUAUUUCAGCCUGAACGUGCACACCUGGAACCAGAAGGAGACGUACCUGCACAUCAUGCGCAAUGGGGCCGAGGUGCUGAUCCUCUAUGCGCAGGUGAGCGACCGCAGCAUCAUGCAGAGCCAGAGCGUCAUGCUGGAGCUGCACGAGCAGGAUGAGGUCUGGGUGAGGCUCUACAAGGGCGAGCGUGAGAACGCUGUCUUCAGUGAUGAAUAUGACACUUACAUCACUUUCAGUGGGCACCUCAUCAAGUACAGCGGGGACCCCUGAGUGCCUACACCCCGAUCCUGCUCCCUGGGGUGGGGCCCUGCUGCUCCCCUUCCUGGGCACACCACUCUCCUUCCAGCUCUCCUGCUACAUACCACUACCCCCAGCUGUGUGAAUACUCCCCUCCCCCCUCCCCAGCUCCUGGAAGUUGAUUGAGUGCACUCGGAGGAGAUGGAGACAUUUGUAACCUCUGCUGCAUCCCUGACCCAAGGGCUGGCUGCUCACCUGGAGCAGGCAGGGACCUCGUCCCCACUUGUGCCAGGCUCAGGGCUGGGUGUGUUGGGUGUCCGUGGCACUGGCUGUGAGCUGGCACCUGCUGGAGUGAUGUGAGCACCUCUGCUGCCCAACCCCCACCAACGCACUUGAUGAGCAGGGGGGAGCAGUAACAAAACCACUGAACACCACUUCUGCAGAGCUGUGUCCCCUGGGCUGGUGCUUCCCCAGGGCAGAGCCAGCAGCAGAUGGGUGCAGCAGCCCUCCCGUGUUGGUUCCCUCACUGUGCUCCAUGCCACAGCCACAUCUUGAUGCCAGCACCCAUCGGGAGGAGCUGCCCGACAUGCAGGGCCUUCAGCCUCAGCCCCAUCCGUCUCAAUUUGGGAUCUGCUGGGCAGGCUUCUCGUUUUUGUAGACGUACUGGCAGAGCAGGGCCUGGGGCAGCACGCUGCCUCCCGCUCCGUACACUUGCGAUCGCAUUAAACACCCCACGGGCUCGGUUCCU